UCAGACAGUCGUUGCCACUGAGAGGUGAAAUGGCGCAGCAAGGAGCUCAGCUGGACGGAGCAAAAUUCUGCUGUUCGAUCUGUCUGGAUCUACUGAAGGAUCCAGUGGUUAUUCCCUGUGGACACAGCUACUGCAUGAGCUGUAUUAAAGGUUUCUGGGAUGAAGAGGAUGAGAAGAAAAUCUACAGCUGCCCUCAGUGCAGACAGACCUUCACACCGAGACCUGUCCUGGUGAAAAGCACCAUGUUAGCAGAUUUAAUGGAGGAGCUGAAGAAGACUGGACUCCAAACUGCUCCUGUUGAUCACUGCUAUGCUGGACCUGAAGAUGUGGCCUGUGAUGUCUGCACUGGGAGGAAGCUGAAAGCUCUCAAGUCCUGUCUGGUGUGUCUGAUCUCUUACUGUGAGAAACACCUUCAGCUUCAUUAUGAAUCUGAUGCAUUUGAAAAACACAAGCUGGUCGACCCCUCCAAGAAGCUCCAGGAGAACAUCUGCUCUCGUCAUGAUGAGGUGAUGAAGAUGUUCUGCCGUACUGAUCAGCAGAGUAUCUGUUAUCUCUGCUCUGUGGAUGAACAUAAAGGCCACGACACAGUCUCAGCUGCAGCAGAAAGGACUGAGAGGCAGAGAGAGCUCGAGGUGAGUCGACAAAACAUCCAGCAGAGAAUCCAGGACAGAGAGAAAGAUGUGAAUCUGCUUCAACAGGAGGUGGAGGCCAUCAGUCGCUCUGCUGAUAAAGCAGUGAAGAACAGUGAGAAGAUCUUCACUGAGCUGAUCUAUCUCAUCCAGAAAAGAAGCUCUGAUGUGAAGCAGCAGAUCAGAUCCCAGCAGGAAACUCAAGUGAGUCGAGUCAAAGAGCUUCAGGAGAAGCUGGAGCAGGAGAUCACUGAGCUGAAGAGGAAAGACGCUGAACUGAAGCAGCUCUCACACACAGAGGAUCGCAACCAGUUUCUACACAACUACCCCUCACUGUCACAACUCAGUGAACCUACAGACUCAUCCAGCAUCAAUAUCCGUCCUCUGAGAUACUUUGAGGAUGUGACAGCAGCUGUGUCAGAGCUCAGAGAUCAACUACAGGACAUCCUGAGGGAGAAAUGGACAAACAUCUCACUGGCAGUGGCUGAAGUGGACGUUUUACUGUCAGAACCAGAACCCAAGACCAGAGCUGAGUUCUUAAAAUAUGCACAUGAAAUCACACUGGAUCCAAACACAGCAAAUACAAAUCUGCUAUUAUCUGACGGGAACAAAAAAGCAAAAUCCACAAGUCAACAGUCUUAUUCUAGUCACCCAGAGAGAUUCACCUUUUGGCAUCAGGUCCUGAGUAGAGAGCGCCUGAUUGGACGUUGUUACUGGGAGGUGGAGUGGAGAGGGAGAGGAGUUUAUGUAGCAGUCGCAUACAAGAAUAUCAGCAGAGCAGGAUACUCAAAUCAAUGUAAAUUUGGACAUAAUUACAAAUCUUGGGCUUUAUAUUGUGACACUAAGAGUUAUAUUUUUGUGUUCAACAACAUCUCAACUCCCGUCUCAGGUCCUAGUUCCUCCAGAGUAGGAGUGUACCUGGAUCACAGAGCAGGUAUUCUGUCCUUCUACAGCGUCUCUGAAACCAUGACUCUCCUCCACAGAGUCCAGACCACAUUCACUCAGCCUCUCUAUGCUGGACUUUGGCUUUUUUGUGAUUAUGGAGACACAGCUGAGUUCUGUAAACUCAAAUAG